CACAUCUCCAAAUUGUAACUGGUUUAUAGUAAAUAUUUCCUUUCAUCUCGUCUGUCAUUCCAUUCCUUAAUACCGACGUCCACUUUCUUCAUAUUUACCAACUAUAGACGUUACUUGAUCUGCUGUCCAAUGUCCUUACGUUUGUAUGUGUGUAUUUGUGCGCGUGUGUCUAUGUGUGUUUGUACAUACGUCUGUCCUCGAGUGUAGCCGUAGCCAGUUCUGUAUAGCCAGUAGGUAGUACACUUAUUAUCCGCCAGCGUUAGGCUCUUAAUGCUAAUCCAGUGGAAAUAAGCUUCUCAAGCGGUCAACCGUUUCCGUUCGUACCGUUUGCCUCCAGUUCAUUUUUGCUUCGUCUAAUAAUGACUAUUUCUGCUGUAACAUAUAGCGAUUGCUUGUCGUACCGUUUUUCUCCACAUCUCACAACAGCCGUACACGAACGAUUCCGGUGCAAAGUCGCGACACCCUUCACUGUGCACACCGUUGCUUUAGUUACACGGUUUUAGUGUAGUAGUGUAUUUUUGUGAUAAAUUUAAAUGAACCGUUCUCGCGAUGCGUGAUAAGGGAGGACUGUCGUGGAGCAUGAAGGCUAAAGAGAUAAUAAAAUCAGAACCGACAGUAUGGCACAAAAUGGUUUGAUAAAAUAAGGCCGAGGAGAGAGAAUAUGACAGGAUAGAAACUUUUCCCAUCAUUUUCCCAUUUUUGCAUUUCGGUAAUGGCGCGGGGCUAAAGUAUGGCAGAAAAGAAAGUUAGGCUAGGGGUCGAAGAUGCAGAACAAUUUUCGUUAACACAACCCCAAGCUACAUAGAGUAGAGAUGCAGCCAUAGUGGAAGGACUCGUAAGUCUCGAAAUAAGGUGGUAAAUCUAGUUGGUCCUCGGUGGAGAAUGUGAUUCAAGCAAGCCGUGCAUGUGUCGUCGGCUGCAUAGGAGUAGACGAGCGAAUUCAAAAUAAACGGUAUGAUAUGUAAACACAUGCUCGGAAGGAAUGGACAUCAUCUGUGUUAAUGUUCCUUUUUUUUCUCCAAGCAUUUCGAUUCACACCGUUAUAAAGCCAAACCGGGUGUUUAUAACGGUGGAACUUUUAGAAGGAAGAUUGUUCUCUCCUUUUUCUGUUUGACCACUAUCGGAUGGGACACUAGUGUCAAAUGACCGGCAGAUUCUAAAUUUCGUUCUACAAAAAGUUGUAGGUUAUCCUUGAUUCUCAAAAAUUCAAUCUCCGCUGCUGGAAGUUAUUGAACCAGCCCGUCUGAUAAAGCCGGUAGGCUAUCAAUAGGAAAAGUAAAACAUCAUGUAGCAGGAAUGAUUGGUCCGUGCAUGCAGGGAACAGGGAACUCUCACCAGAAAGAACGGUCGAAGCAAUGCGUUGCGUUACUACUAGCUACUACUACUCCUCCGUCGCAUCGUCAGCGAUAUUAAUCAUAACAAAAAAAAUCAAAUAUAGCAAAAAAUACAGCGUAGUGUUUAACUUAUAAAGAAAACAGUAACCCGGAAAGCAAAGGCCAGAUGGGCAGGAACCGGAUAGCCGCCGGAGAAAAAUUACGCACGGCGCUUGAUUAACACGAAGUUAACGAGCCGGAGGAGAAAGCGUCCGACUAAUCGUUAAAUUAAACCCGUGGCAGUUGCCGGCGGUCGGGAAUCGUAGGGAUAGUGUCCGUGUUGCAGGCCGGAAGGGACAGAGUGCAGUUCUGGUAGCAGACAGCUGAACCGUGACCGUGAUGAAAUGAAUUUACUGUAGCAUUAUGUGCUAAAACUUCACGUAACCAUUAUUGAAACCGUAGCGCAUACCGCGUAUAUUCUGCGCGCUGGAAGUUUGGUGGGUCGGAAGGCGGAAGAUGGAAGGACGUCCGAGUUCAUACGUAAAUCAAGAAAUAAAAACUGAAAACUCUACUACCGUUUGAGUCAAUAAAGAAAACGAAUAAUGUGAAUGCAGUCGGUACUUCUUUUUCCAUAUUUAUACCUUUAUUAUCUUCGCUUUUUGAGUGUGAUGAUGGUGUGCGUUUGUGGCAUGGGUUGUGAGGCUUCCCACCUAUUUGGGCCUUGGUACAUACAUUAAAAAAAUAAACAAAUCCAACGAACGAUUUCAACUUCGCUUGUUU